GUAACAAAGCACAUGGACCAAACGUGUAAUUUACUCAAGAGUCAAUGUUAUACUAUUUUAAAACUGGUUGACCGAGAGGCUCCGGCGCCGGUUGACAGCCGCGAAUACCGCGAAACCAGAUCCAUGUCCUUAUAUAAAGCCUUUACUGAUCACCGUUAAGUCUAGUGUUUUCAUCCCAGCGACAAAAUGUGUAUAUCAGUGUUUCUAUGGCAAGCUCAUCCACUCUACCCGUUUCUUCUAUUGCUCAAUCGAGAUGAAUAUCAUAUACGACCAACGGAGCCACUAAAUUGGUGGGAAGGUGGAAAAAUAUUGGGUGGCAGAGAUGUGACAGCCGGCGGAACAUGGUUGGCCUCUAGCAGAGAAGGAAGGGUGGCUUUUGUUACGAACGUUCGUGAAUUGAACUCAAUAUCUGCUGCAAAGAGUAGAGGUGAUCUCCCAGUUCGUUUUUUGCAGAGCAAGAAAAACGCCAUGGAGUUUGCAGAAGAGAUUGCGAAGGAAGCAGAUGAAUACAAUGGAUUCAAUUUGAUAAUUGCUGAUCUUUUGUCCAUGAAUAUGGUUUAUGUAACCAAUAGGCUGAAAGGAGAUAAGUGCUAUGUGACUUCAGUUUCACCUGGUGUCCAUGUGCUAUCAAAUGCAAGUCUAGACACUCCAUGGCCUAAGGCUCAAAGAUUGGAACAUGGUUUUAAAGAUGUUUUGGAUGAAUAUGGUGAAGGUGAAAUUCCAGUUACUGAAUUGAUUGAUAAACUGAUGAGAAACACUGUAAAAGAUGACAUCAGCAUGCUUCCCGGGAUCUAUGGUCCAGAUUUUGAGUAUGAGUUGAGUUCUGUAUUUGUUAAUCCAGUAUCUCCAAAGGACUAUGGUACACGAAGUACCUCUGCAUUGGCUGUAAAAGCAAGUGGUGAAGUAUUCUUUUAUGAAAGGCAUCUUGAAAAUGGGUUAUGGAAAGAGAACACAGAAACAUACAUGAUUGAGAAAAUGAAGUGAGGGUUAAUGUGUGAAGAAAUAUAAGUAUGUUGCUGUUAUGGGUAAAGAUAUGUAAGUAGUAAGUACGUUGUUAUGGGUAAAAAAAUACAAAGGAACACAUGUUGCUAUUUCCUGCAACUUGUCUUAUUAUUUUUUUUUUUAAUCUUAUUUGGUAUGAAAGUUAUAGUG